GGGGCGCAUGCGCCCUCCGCGGCGAUUUCCGUUCCUGACGUUUGGUGGCGCUGGCGUGAAGAAGGGGGAAGGAAAAGUCAGGAGUACAAAUGUCCCGAGUCUACAGGUUGUUUACACUCCCAUUCUCAACCUUGGCUUUGAUUGGAGUGGCCCUUCUGUCCUGAGAACUUUUCAUCACAGUCCUUGCUCAUAUGAAUUUCAAAUUUGAAUUUAUAUCUCAUCAAAAAAAAGUCUUCAUCUAAAAGUUGGUUAAAUGGGGUUCAGACAUUGCAGAAACCUACCAGGAAUGAACAGAAAUCAUCUUUGCAGAAGAGUGGACAAUGGAUUCUGAAUUAUCACAAAGUGUAAUUGGGAGCUAUCUUAACCCUCCAGAAAGAAUGUAUCUUCCAUCAUUCACCCAGAAUGAAGCAUCUCAGAAUUGCCACCCUGUAAAUUCAGAAGUCACUUCUCCUAAAAUGUUUAAUAGUCCAAACAACCAAGCACUUGUUUCAGCAUUAAAAACGCUCCAGGAAAAGAUCUACCGUCUAGAGCUGGAGCGGACUCAGGCUGAAGACAACCUGAACUCUCUGUCCCGGGAGGCGGCGCAGUACAAGAAGGCCUUGGAGAAUGAAACAAAUGAGCGGAAUCUAGCACACCAGGAACUGAUUAAACAGAAAAAAGAUAUAAGCAUCCAGUUAAGCUCAGCCCAGUCUCGUUGUGUUCUUCUAGAGAAGCAACUGGAAUACACAAAGAGAAUGGUUCUCAAUGUAGAACGAGAAAAAGCUAUGAUCCUAGAACAACAGGCCCAGCUUCAGAGGGAAAAGGAAGAAGACCAGCUGAAGCUGCACGCUAAGCUUGCGAAGCUUGAUGUCUUAGAGAAGGAGUGUUUCCGACUGACGACAACUCAGCAGACCGCUGAGGAGAAGAUAAAGUAUCUAGAGGAGAAACUAAAGGAAGAGGAACAUCAGCGUAAGCUGUUUCAAGACAAGGCGUGUGAGCUGCAAACUGGACUGGAAGUCAGCAAAAUUUUAAUGUCUACAGUUUCACAUUCACAGCACUGUAAGGAAAAGAAGAAGCCCCCAAAGAAAACUAAGUGUUUAAAAAGAGAGCCACCUCAGCAGAUGGACCCCAGGUUUAGAGCCCUGUUUUUGGAGAGGGAAAAGAUGAUGCAUCCCCAUGGGCUGUAUUGCCUUCAGAAACCUGUUCUAGCCCCUGAGCCGCAGUGUCUCUACAAGGCUCUCAGAACAGCUUCCCAGAGCAAAGCUCUGCCUCUAAACUCAGGAGAACCCGCUUCCAUCUGUGACAAUUUGUCUGAGCUUUUGAUGGCAAUGCAAGAGGAAUUGGACCAGAUGAUUGUGGAACACAGAGAACUACGGGAACAGAUGACGGAAGCCGGAAGCCGUUCAGUCUCUGAUGAUGCAGAGCAUGUGCUGGAGCAAUUAGUCAGGAAGAUGGAAAGCAAAGGAGAUCAGAUCUCCAAACUCAAGAAGCAUCAAGACAGUGUCCGUAAACUGCAGCAAAAAGUUCAGAGUUCAAGGUUAAAUGACCCUUCUAUCCACUGGGAAGCUGGCAGCCCUCAAGGACCAAAGAACGUGAAGCAUGGUCCUAGGAAGUGUUGGAAUGAACCUAACCCUUUCCAGAAAAACAGCAGCUCUCAUCCAGUCCAAGUUCACAAUCUCCAGGUGAAACUGAGGAGAGAUGACAUCAAGUGGGAGCAGUGACGGCAGCACAGCCGGCAUCUUAAUGACCUCACCAGUGCGGGCUGACAUGUCUAAGUGGCUUUUGUUUAAUACACUCUCGGGAACUUUGGAAUUAUGUUUCUGGCCUCUAUAAAGUGUGGAGUUGUGUAUUUUCAGAAUAAUGGCUAAUGACCUACCAAGAACCCCAGACUAGGAAGUGGCUGCUUUUUCUUGUUGCCAUUAACCAAGGAAGCAGCUCCUUGAGGUAAGCCUAGGCGCUACAGAUGGACACUCAUUCAGAUCAAGGUGAAUCUGAACUCCAAGUACCAGUCCACAGUGUCACUUAGGGAGGCUGUCACGCACAGAUCAACACGGAGUGAGAGUCCUUUAAUGUCCCUGGAAUGGCCAUCUUACCUUUUAAAAAAUCUCAGCAGUAAUCUUGUCUGGAAAAGGAAAAACACAAUAAUUCUGCAAUUUUGUGAAAAUGCCUUUAACUAUGCUUUGAUGUGACAGCUAUAAAAAGUAAUGCAUUGAUUAAUUUUUGAAGACAUUAAUUCAGCUUUCUUCCUCUUCUAUUCCCAUUCUCUUUUCCAAACCUACUUUCCUUUUCAACACCAGUAACUGAGCUAAUCUUACUCUUUUGUAACAUUUCCUGGGUUCUUGUUUGUGAUUUUCUUUUUUUUUUUGAGCUGAGGAUCGA